CACUAUUUUUGUAAGUUUGUUUUGCUUAGAUAUUCUGUACAGAAACAGCGUGCACUGUAGAGCUUCAUUCAAACUUUUUCUAAAUAAUUGUUUAAACUAUACAAUGCCUUCCAAAACAAAACCAAGACUUUCCCGUGGCUUGUUGGACAUGAAAUUCAUGCAACGCACCAAAGUGAAAGUAGCCAAAGAAGACGAUGACGAACAGAGCCGCGCAUUGUACUCCAAUGAACUAAAUCAGAAGAUGCUUAAUAGUAAUUCCAAUUAUAUUAUCGAGCCAAGUUAUACCAUUUGCGCGGGACUAAUCGAUGGACGUCUUAGCUUUCGUGGUAUGAAUCCGGAAUUGGAGCGCCUAAUGGAGUUAGAACAAGCCGAAAAGCAAGGCAAUACCAGACCAGAGCAGCCAAAGGAAGUCAAUGAUCAGGAAAUGGCUGAUGCCUAUUAUGCGAAUCAAGCGCCAGCCGUGUGCAAAACUAUGAAUAAGAAGUUCGCCACAAAGAAUGAGUUCAACAAGCGCAAAUCAAAUAAUGGCAAUCCAAAAUGGCAAAAGAAAGGACAAUUUAAAAAACCGCGAGCCGACGAUGACGAGGAUUAAAUAAACUUUAUAAGCAUAUGACAUAGUGACUUAUUUCUAAAUAUAACAUAAAUUUGCUCAGCUGGAUUCAGUUGGAAUC